GCUCUGGAGCGGCGGGUGCCGAGUCUCGAUGACUUCGCGGGACAGAGCUGGAGCUCGUGGGUGGAGCGGGCCGACCUGCCCGCGGCUGACGGUGAGUAAAGCCACCCUAAAGUCCGGGGACCCCAUCACUAUCUCCCCUCCCCCCUUCCGGGCCCCCGCCAGCUGAGGGGAGCCGCCGACUGGAGCCGCCGUCCGGCUCCCCGGCCCCCCAAACAAAGGACCCGCCGGGUCCUAGUGCCCGCCCGCUCCGUCACCUUCUCGCCUCCGGGUCCUAGCGCCGGCUCACCGCUCGCAGCCCACCCUGCCCACCUCUGCCAAUGCCAGUCCCUAAUACCUGCCCCCAUAUAGGCUUGCCUUUAUCUUUCUCCUUGCCUGCUGCCCCUCAGCUUGCGCCCCUCCUGCACCUGCCUCCAGCUUUCCCUGUCCGCAACAGUCCUCCACGUGUUUCCCACGCACCCCACUUCUGUGCCCCCUUCCUCACCCCCCUUGUUCCUUCGCCUUUUGCCCCACACCUCCUGCUCCUUUUCGGCAUUUGCCUGCAGCUGCAGUGCUUUUAGACCCCCGCCCUCUCCGCGUUAGUUCGUCCGUCCAUCCAUCUAUCCUCCCUCCCUCCAUCCUUCGGUCCAUCCAUCCAUGCCUCCAACCCACUGUCCUUUCCCAGGCCUCUUGCCCUGCCUCUUGGCUCUCUGCUCUUACUCUCACCUUCUCUAGGCCCCUGAGUGCCUUAGUGAGCGGGCCUACAGCCCCUUCUUCUGAUCUUUGUCUUCUGGGCCCCAGGGAGCACCUGGCCUCGUGGCCUUUCGGGGUGACAGCAGGCAUCACGCCCCUGAAGAAGUUUGCAAGUGAGAAGAGGUGGAGGAGGAGACUGCACGGAGGGGUCUCUAAUGACACUUGUUCUCCUCUGAGACAUCCGACUCCCAGUUUCGUUCUAUCCAUCAUUCCCCGCACUUGCAUUUAACGGACUUAGAGUGGGAGCUGCCCCUUGUCUCUUGCGUGCCUAACCCACGACCCCUCAUAAUCUGGAUAUUAUAUAAGAUUGUCAACAAUCUUCUCAUCCUAGAAAGGAGCAUAUCUGUUAAUGGGCAUCAGAGAGCAGACCUAAGUGGGAGCCCAGGCCACCCUGGGGCUGCCCCAUGCUGGGUGGGCAAGGAUGGGGCCAUUGUCAGGGUCUGGGUGCAUUGAGAACCGGAAAUGGAGUCAGACAGGUUUGGUGACUCAGAAUUGAUUUUUUUUUUCCCAAGGGACAGGGAGGGGGCGUAGAGGAGGGAGGGGGGAGGAGAGAGGUAGGGGGAUGGGGAAAAAGCUGCUUUGCACAGCUAAGAUGUUUUUGUCAUUAACCCAGAAACUGAGGUACAAGGGCAACCCCUGCCCAAAGCCCCUCUAAGAAGGGGAGGGACUUGCAUAGCUGACCAAGGAGACUUUGAAGAUGCUCAAGGACCAAAGACAGCAGUUUCUCUGCUCUGUGACCAUCCUAUCAGUGCAGGACCUGAGAAGCUGGGUGUAACUUUGACAAUGCUAUGGUAACCCAGGUGGAGCAAAAUUGAGUUCAUGGGGGUGGGGACCUGGGAGAGUAUCUAUUUGGGAUGCCACAUAGUAGCAGAAAGGACCCAUCUGAGAAAUCUCAAGAAGAGAUUCAGGGACUUAUAGAAACAUUGGUUAAGGACGGUUUCCCCUUUAAAUGGGGAAGCAGGCCCAGAAAAGAGAUGAUACUUACCCACAAUCACCCAACUAGUUAGCAGUGGAACCCUAAACUGCACCUUGAAGUGAAGGGUCCCAUAAGAAAGGUGGAUGGAUUCUUCUUAGUGGGGCCAUCUUAGUCCAGAUGCAGCAGGUGAAGGAUGAUGGGCAUUUGAGAAUGACCCACUGAAAGGUUCCCCAAGUGGUCCUAGCACCAGGAGCUUGUCACGGAGUGUGGGCUUCAUACUGUUGAGCUGCAGGCCCUGCUUGGGGCUUCUGGAAAGGGGACAACCUCUGGGUUGUCUUCUGGGAAGAACAGUCUCUGGUAAGGAGAGGCUGGAGACUCUCUAAAACUGGCCCUGACCCUUCUGAGCUGUGUUUCUCCUCUAGGGGCUGAGCUGGAGGAGAGUAGCAAAAACAUGAAGAAGUUGGAUGCCAUGACCCUCAUUAAAGAAGGUGGGAGUCGACACACAUUAGGGCUGGGACCCAGGGCAGACAGGACCACGCUCCACUUUUCCACCACACUACAGAAGGAGGUGGCUGCUUGAAGCAGCUGUCUGGGGACGCUCAUUUUGAUAGGUCCGAGUCGGCCGGUUGUUCUGGCUCCUGUGACCUGUCGUUGGAGAUCAUAAUCAUAGACAUGUCCAUCUUCGGGCACUGCCCUGCCCAUGAUGACUUCUACUUGGUUGUGUGUAACCACUGCAGCCAAGUGGUGAAGCCUCAAGCUUUCCAGAAGCAUUGCGAAAGAAGACAUGGGCCCCUCAGCAAGCUUUAUGCCCGGGCCCCACCCCCACCUCCAGCCCCUGCCAGCUCUCAGAAAUGCCAUGUAGUGAAUGGGCAGGGCCCAGCUUGUAGGGCCCCAGGUUCCACGAAAACCUCCUCCAGGGAGAAGGGCCAGGGGUCCCGGAGCCGUGGCCACCAGCCUCCUGAGAAGACCCAGAAGGACAACCUCUGCCUUUUCGUGCCUGUGGUGAAUCUGGAGAAGAUGUCCAGUCUCCCGAAGCCUGAUGGACAUGGAAUCAGGGUGGCCCCACCCUCUGCUUUUCUCAGCCAGCCAGGGGGCCUCACCAAGGACUCCCCUGGAAAACCUCCCAUGGCUCCCCCUUCUAAAGAACCUCCUGGCAGAGAGAACAUCGAGAUCAUCCCCAGUGAGGGGUCCAGUCACUGGUCUGAAGGCAGCCCUCCUGAAAAGGAGCCCAGUGGGACCAGGCUGCCCCCUAAAACCCACCGGAAGAUGGCUCGAAAGGAGUGCGACCUCAACAGGCAGUGUGGGGUAAUAAAUCCAGAGACCAAAAAGAUCUGUACCCGCCUAUUGACCUGCAAGAUCCACUCAGUACACCAGCGCCGGGAAGUCCAGGGCCGGGCCAAGGACUUUGACGUGCUGGUGGCAGAGCUGAAGGCCAACUCCCGCAAAGGGGAGUCUCCCAAGGAGAAGAGCCCAGGGCGCAAGGAGCAAGUUCUCGAGCGCCCCUCCCAGGAGCUCCCCUCCUCAGUCCAGGUUGUAGCAGCGGUGGCUGCUCCCAGCAGCACCUUCUCUGUUCGUGCCAAGCAGACCUACCCAUACUGUGCACUGCCCAGGUCCCGGGCCUCCUCCGAGAGUGAAUUGGAUGAUGAAGGCCCCUGUGGUGGUGAUGGGGACCCAGGCCUGUUCCCCUUCCCCAUGCCCCGGGGUGGGACCCAGGCCUCCAGCGAAGAGAGUGAGGAGGAGGGGACAUCUGACGACCUCCACCCACCCCCUGACUGCCAUUAUGCAACCCGGCCCCCACGGCCACAGGCGUUCUGCACCUUUGGGAGCCGGCUGGUGAGCCCAGGAUGCUAUGUGUUUAGCCGCCGGCUGGACCGGUUCUGCUCAGCACUCAGCUCCAUGCUGGAACGGCACCUCAGCUCACACAUGUGGAAGAAGAUCCCACCAGCAGCUGAACCUCCAGCUCACCUUGUCAACUCCCCGUUAUCUGCUCCCCUGAGCCCAUCCUCUACAGGCACCUGCCCCCGCCUUCCAGGUCCACCCCCGAGACCUGCCUGCCCAGCCUCCAUGCCCCCCACCAAGGACAACCUUGUCCCCAGCUACCCUGCAGGCUCCCCCAGCGUGGCGGCUGCCUGUAGCCAGGCAGAGUGCAUGGGCGGGAGCCAGGCUAUCACCUCACCACUGCCUGCCAACACGCCAUCCCCGUCCUUCAGCAAGCUGCCGCCUUCCAAGGCCAGCAAGUCAUCCAAAGGCAAGGACGGGGUGGAGGUGGAGGCCCCUUCUCGAAAGCGGAAGUUAUCCCCUGGCCCCACCACUCUUAAACGGACCUGCAUCCUGGAGCCCACUGGAAAAGGGAAACCCUCUGGCUGUAGGGGCCUCUCGGCCAAAACUAAAACAGCCCUGAGCAUGGGGCUUAAUGGGACAAUGGGGCCAAGAGUGAAGCGGGCAGGGCCCCUGGACUGUCGUGGCUCCCCUCAUCAGCUCCCCACACCAGUCAAGGCUUCUCAGCUGGAGAACCGGGGAGCAGCUGGACACCCAGCCAAGGCCCUGCCAACCAACUGCCUCUCUGAGGAGGAGGUGGCCAAGAAGCGGAAAAACCUGGCCACUUAUUGCCGGUCAGUGAAGGCCAAGCACUGUCAGGCUGGUGCCCCUGCUGAUGUGGCCUGCUCUGUGCGCCGCAAGAAGCCAGGCCCGGCCCUGGCCUUUGAGGAGAAGUGCUCUACACUGAAGGUACUGGAGCUACCUCUGUUCCCUGAAGGAAAGGGAGUUUGAGUCCCUGGGUCACAGCCUAACAUGCCGAGCAGCAAGUCAAAAGCCCAUUAACGAGAAAGUGCCUGCCCACUGCAACGGAGCCGCCAGCACCUCCUCCCCUCCAGAUCCGGGCCCCAGGCUGCUGCCGCUUUUUAUAACUUUAUAUUAUUUUUUUUAAGAAAAAAAGCUCUUUAAAAUACCUCAA